AUUAGCAACCGGCUUGAUCAAGAUUCCGCUUUGAUAUUUGAUUAGUUCAUGUUGACAAAAAAAAAUUGCUCUAUUCAUCGCGAGGCGUCUCUGGCUCAUCGGGAUGUCAUUCACACACGGGGUCCGAGCGAGCGAUUGAACGAAGAAGCUUAACCCGAUCAACUCUUGAUGCGGAGAACAGUCCAGUCAAAAAACUUUUAAGCCGCGUCGGAAAGUUGCUCCCGGUCUUAUGGUCAGAUGGUAGGAGAUUGAUAUAUGGGAAUUUCCUUUGACAGACAAGAGUUCAUCGUGGAACUUCCAAAGAGGCAGUUGUGCUUCAUCAUGAAUGAUUUGCGAUGUGGAUGCAUAUCUCUGCAUGGAGCCUUCUUAUUUGCAGUAUUCGCAGUAGCCCUGUGUCGAGCUGGUGAACAAAGUGGGUCAUAUUCUUCCAGCAAAUCUCCAUCCAUUACAGAAGGAGUCGAUAAUCCCUUCCCUCAUCCGUCUUCACCUUCACCUCGCCUUUCAAUUCUAACAGAGUCCUCCAUCACAGAAGAUAUUCAGGGUAAAACAAGGAAACCGAGGUGUAUAUAUGAUAACGGAGCAAUACGAAUUUUAUUAGAAGAACUUAUAUUGGAAUUAUUCAGAGAUUUGGACGACAUGAACAUAGACCUCAAUAGCAGUCAAAAAUACGUCCUCAGAAGAAGAUUACGUGGUUUUUAUCACAAAGCAACUAAGCACCCUGCAGUUCAUGAAAAAAAAAUCGCCUUUUCGUCAACAAAACCUACACAUUAUCACGGUGAUGAAGAAAAGUUAAAACGGGAUUCACCUACCGAUCUGAGGCCGCUAUCGAAUGAGAUAAUGAGUAAACGAAGCGGGCAGAUUUACGAAAGUUGUGAAACUGUUGCUGAUUGGGACAUAGUCGACCAUGGAAGAGUAAAAAAUGAAACGGUUGUCGAGCUGUUUCCCAAAUCAUGGUUCUUUAUCAGGAAAUGUGUAUCAAAGGGAAGAACGUGCAAUAUUGGAAAUGAAAAUUUGUCAUCUUUAGUGAGUAAUACGAUGUGCUUAGAACAAUCGACCUGGGUUCCUGCCUAUGUUAGACAAAAGGGCUACUCCUAUUACGAAUGGGAAUUUAUUCAGGUUCCGUCGUGUUGUAGCUGUGCCGUAUACGUUGCCAACUUCCUCUAACUUCCUCUAGAAUACAUAUUUUUAGAGAGCAUUUAUUUUACUAUGAGUGCCGUGCCUCGAUCGCAACCCGACGUGCAUUCCCGUCUGUAUGAUCUGCAGCAGAUUUUGUAUAAAAUCAUUGCGGCGUAAGCACGGGUCGGUGCUUUUUCAAGAACUCGGAGCCAGUAGCUGCGGAAACGAGGAUGGGGGAGGUGGGCUUGAGUACCCUCCACUUUUUUCCUAAACCUUGUACAAAAACGUUUAAAAAAUGCCAUCUGAUUCCGCGGCCCCUGGGAGGAGUACGAAUAGCACGAAGAGUGGUUAUUGGGCAUGUGGAAGUCACGCUGCGCGUGACUACAUAAUCACGCAAAAAAUACGUGAUACGCACGACAACCGUAUAGCCUCUGCACCUGCUUCUGACCUCGAACUCACAAUCAAAUAGAGGGCGUCUUAUUAACUUCAUGGUUAAGAUUGGAGCCGUGGCAUUUACCAGGUCGGUGGCACGUCGGCUGUGCCUUACAACUGUAGCGCCCAACGUUCGACUCGAGAUGUCUCAAAUAAAAAUGGUCCGUGUUAACUAGCAACCACAGAGGAGACCCAUAGUGUAUGGCUUUGAUUUGAUUACGACAACGCUAGACGCAUGGAUCGCAGAAAUGUGUUCAGUAUAACGCAGGCUGUGAUGCGCGUGAGAGCGAACUCAGCCAGGACACGCAAGACGGAUUACGAUAGUAUCGCCCCAAAGACGUAUCUGCGACAACACAACUUGUCUACUCUCUCACCUACAUAUUUCAGUACUUGGGGACGUCUCCUUUUGAUGUGUUAAUCAAUUUGCUUGGAUUUCGCGGUGACGGAAGUCUGGGACGCCUCCUGUAGCUGCAUUCUCCUUUGAAACUGACGGAGACGUCGGAGAGACAUCUCAACAUGCUUAAGUGCGUCUCGGAAACUGGAAGCAGUCUCCGAAACCCGACCUUGAAGAAGUUUCCUCUAACUAUUUUCAAAGUUCGUUCGUUUCAUGAGACGCUUCGAGGACGUUUGCAGAGACGUAUCUAGAACUUGCAAAAUCUAGAUUUGCAAGGAGGUUUCAAAUCCAGUUAGAUCUCUCUCUUUUUCUUUAGAAGACACUUGUUAUUGACACAACCACUUUACUACUAAUUCAAAUUGUAUGCAUCUCUUUGUAGGAAAUGUUGUAUCUGAGAACCCAAUGCUUGCCUAGGGUUUGUGAGACAUAGCAAUAUGUGACGAAUGCUAUUCAAUUCUUUAGUACCCAAAAUGAAUGAAUGAAUGAAUAAACAAAUAAACAAAGAUCCACUUCGAAAAUAGUUUUCCCAGAAUAUAAACAUCCAUAAUUUCAAAUCACUUAUUCGCCAUUUAAAGAACCUACGUUCAUUUCCAAAUGAAAUGUAGGUCCCAAAAUAAACAACAGGAUCGUUGAGAAAAAGCAAAUUAGUAAUGAAUUUGAUAUUCUUUGCCACGUCCCUUUACGCUUGAUUGGCGAUUAAACCUUGGUUUUCUGCAACAUUUCAUUUAACCAUUUACCUAACUCUUUGUGAAACACCUCCAGGUCUACUAUAUUAUAUGUUGCUAUGGCUGGCAAACAUCGAGUAUUCUUUGAGACUACCAGUAACCUUUGUUUCAAAAUGAUGCAUGCAUACAAAAUAUUAUCUUACAAAUAAUGUUGAUGGAAUUUAAUUAUCAUUCUCUGUGAGUGUAUGCGUGUAUUUUCUUUAAUGAGUUUUUUAUUAAAUGUAUGAUAUAACAAAUUAAUUUAUUUAUUCGUAUUAUAAACAAGGAGCUCAAAGGCUUAUUCAGCCAAUGGAUGUUUUUUCGAAGCAUCAUAUUUUUUUCGAUUUUCAUGUAAAUAUUCCUCGCUUUUGAAAAUAGAAACCAAAGAUUUAUGGACGUAAGUUCUUUUCACACGGGACACGGGAGACGUCAAAACUGACGGCGACACACGUGAAAUAAAAAUGGAUUAUUUUCUAUUUGAAAAUAACAUUUUUUGGUUUGAAGAUCCGAGAGCUGUGCCUAAAGUUUUCGAACGAAUUUUAUGGUCCAAUACAUGUUUAAAACUGUGAUUGUUUGAUGGUUCAUUUAUGGUAACGUCUGGAACAGUUAUAUGACUAGAUCUGUGUCCUAGGGCAUAAGUGUUGAUUAUAUAGUUCAUCAUAUUGGCGGCGGGGGGAGACCACCAAAAAAAUUUGACAAGCAAAAAAAAAAAAGGUUAUCAACCAAAAUUUUAGGGGGGACCAACAAAAAAUUUUGACA